AUGGCUGCUACCCCAGGUAUCUGGGGCCGCAGUUUGAACGGACAAGGCUCUCAUCAAACAAGAGGCUAUACUCUGCCUUUCUCUCGAAACCAGGAUAAUGUUAACGAAUUUAAUACUUCGAACCAACAGCAAGCAGGUAACCAAAACGAUACCAUCACCCUAUCUCAGCCAUACUUUAGCUCAUAUCCCAUACCUCCUUUUACUCCGUCGGUGCUUCAUACCCGUCCUAAUCAGAAUCCUUAUGGUGCAGUCCAACCUGGUAAUCAGGAAUCAGCAAGAUCUGAGUUUCCAUCAUUGUUUAUGCAACAGGAGCUAGAUCGUGAGGUUGAAGCUGAACGCUCAGAAGCCAACACCACAGCCCGAGUUCCCUCAACCCAUUUGCAAGGCCGGGAAUUUCCACGGUAUAUCAUGCCAAAUUCGUCACCAUGGGCCCAAAUCGGCCAUACCGGGAAUAAUCCGAACAAUCUAUCUUCAGCGGCAGCAAUCCAGGAGAGCGAUAAUCUGUUUUUACAGCCCGGCGCCCCCCAGGGAAACAAUCCAUCUGCACCAUCAGCUGGAACGCCUCCAGCAACAUCCCAGCGUCGCCGUAGCGCUCAAGCAAUGGGCCCAGAACACUCAGACCAUCACCAUCAUGAUACUCGAGUAGGUAGCGAUGGAAUUACCCGCCGCCGGGUCCGCAUGAGACCGCUUCGUGUUUCCCCAGCAUCCUCCAGUCGACCUGAGCCAACCCCGAGCGCUACCAUCUCCUCUACGCCUCCCCCCCUUGCCAAUUCCUCAUAUAGUGGACACUUCUUCACCACACCUCCUCUACCAGGCGACUCAUACAUGGAUGCCAUGGGUCGCACCCUAGAUGUAGCAACAGCAGAACAAAGUCGGCUCCUUCUGAUACGCGAGCAACGACAAGCACAAAGACGAUUCGCUGAACAUCUAGCACAGGGGAAGGAACUCCAGGUCGGACUCGAUGUUGAAAAGGAUGGAAGACCGGAACCGAUGGAUUCAGAAAAGCUGACAAUCAACAUGGAAUGCAAGGUGUGCAUGAGUCAGCUUGUUGAUACGGUGUUAAUUCCAUGCGGACAUGCCGUUCUCUGUCGAUGGUGUGCGGACCAGCAUAUGCAAAACAUCAAGCCGGGUAUUUCGCGGCGAAGCAACCCAACCUGCCCAAUGUGCCGAAAACCAGUUCGACAGAAGCUUCGAAUAUUCAUCUCAUAG